UGAUCAGGGAAAGGAUAGUUUCACUGCAGGCAUGAGAUCCAAAUUGUUUGCUCAUGGUUUAUUAGAACUAAACUACAGAGACUUGUAAUUUUACCAUAAUGACCCUAAGGACCAAUCAGUGAGUACAAUACACUCAGCAGGCAGGCGGACUGUGCCCUGCCCUAGGCUUAGUGUGACUGUCAUUCUGAGCUGGUUAAGUCGUGUUGCGUGCCUGCUGCUGCCAGAUGUUCUUUGCUGGUUGCUGCUGCUGAUUUAGGCGCUGACUCGAUACACCAAUGACUAUGUCAAAGGACACUGGAGACUUAUUGGAAAGGUCAUCUAUGUCAGACCUGAAUGUGGCCCUGGAUGAAUGUUCAGCUGCUGUGGAUUUAUUUCUAAGCAACAAGUUCCCUGAUGCCCUUGCUUCUCUUCAAGCCAAAACUACGCACAGUAUGUAUCAUGCUCUGACUUACGCCACCAUGCUGGAAAUGCAAGCUAUGAUGACCUUUGACCCUCAGGACAUAGUGAAUGCAGGAAACACAAUGAAAGAAGCUCAAGCCACCUGUCAAAAGUUUCGGAAGAAAUCCACUGUAGCAGAUUCCUUUAACAACCUUGUACAUAGACAGAAUCUCGAACACUUUACCGAAGAGGAAAUCCAUGCAGAAAUUUGUUAUGCUGAAUGCUUACUUCAGAGAGCUGCGCUGACAUUCCUGCAGGAUGAGAACAUGGUUAGUUUUAUCAAAGGAGGCAUCAGAGUCAGAAACAGCUAUCAGACUUACCGGGAACUAGACCAUCUCAUACAGUCUCCAAACUAUGUGAAAGGAAAACACCAUCUCCAUUUUGAGGGAGGUGUGAAGCUUGGAGUUGGAGCCUUUAACUUGACAUUAUCCAUGUUUCCUGCAAGGAUUCUGCGACUACUGGAAUUUGUUGGGUUUUCUGGAAACAAGGAACGUGGGCUGUUGCAGCUUCAAGAAGGAGCAUUCAUGUACAGCUUUAGGUCGGUGAUGUGUACGAUGUUGCUGCUGUGCUAUCAUACUUUCAUGACCUUUGUGUUGGGGACAGGGAAAGGAAACAUUGAGGAGGCAGAAAGACUGCUCAAGCCUUACCUGGCUCGCUACCCAAAAGGAGCCAUCUUCCUAUUUUUUGCAGGCAGGAUAGAAACACUAAAAGGAAAUAUUGAUACGGCAGUUAGUAGGUAUGAGGAAUGCUGUGAAGCUCAGCAGCACUGGAAGCAAUUCCAUCACAUGUGUUACUGGGAAUUAAUGUGGUGCUUCACUUAUAAACGCCAGUGGAAGAUGGCAUACUUCUAUGCCGAUCUGCUCAGCAAAGAGAAUACUUGGUCAAAGGCUACAUACGUUUACAUGAAAGCUGCCUAUCUCAGCAUGUUUGGACCAGAUGACUGCAAGCCUUUUGGGGAGGAUGAAGUUCAACUGUUUAGGAGCGUGCCUGGUUUGAAACUGAAAAUCGCAGGGAAGUCGCUGCCUACAGAGAAGUUUGCCAUUCGGAAAUCUCGACGCUACCUUCCCUCAAACCUCGUCCCUUUGCCUGUGCCACCUCUGGAAAUGAUGUAUAUCUGGAAUGGUUAUGCUGUCAUUGGAAAAUGUCCUGACCUAACAGAAGGCAUGUUGGAGACUUUAACCAAGGCAGAAGCAUCAUUAGCAAGCCAACCAGCUACAGAAUUACUACCAGAUGACCAGUGUUUAAUAAAGCUGUUGAAGGGUUUAUGUCUCAAGCACUUGGGCAAGAUUUCAGAGGCUGAAGAUCAUUUUACCUACAUCCAUAUGAAUGAAAAGAAGAUAAAGUACGACCACUAUCUAAUUCCAAAUGCCCUGCUUGAGCUUGCUGUGCUGUACCUAGACAAUGGCAGGAAAGAAGAAGGAGUAAAGUUACUGGAAAAAGCCAAACAAAAUUACAAGAAUUAUUCCAUGGAAACGAGGACACAUUUCAGAAUUCAAGCUGCCUUGCACCAAGCCAGAUCAGUCCCAGAAAAUGGAGUGCAUUCUGGAGCCUCGGCGGUGUUGUAACGUUUCCUUCUUUGAUGGAGUUUGUCUACAGACUUUGAAACACAAAAUUACCGAGACGUCAGGGUGAAUUUUUUUUCCCCUGCUUCAAUCUCAAGCUUGUGUUGAGAGACCGGGACAUUUGAAACUUUAAAUUGAAUCUGGUACUGUACAUCACAGCGGGGAAAAAAUUCAAAUUGAAUCCUAACUUCUAGCAAAGAUGUCUUUUCCCUGCGUGGCUUUUGGCAUCCAUGUCUGUAAUUCAUAAUUCAUAUGUGUAUUUGAUUUUUAACCGUUUACAGAUUUGCUUAGUAUGCUGGAAUAUGAAAUAGGACAAUGAAACAAGCCUUUUUAGGUUCGUUGGCUUUUGAUCUUUUAUUAACAUCUGUUUGAAUUCACACUGCUACUGCUGUAAGAAAGGAAAUGCCAGUCUCUCAGCUGGUUAGCUGGAAUAGUGUGAGGACAUCCAAGGCCAGUUUUUUCAGAUUAGUUUAAGGCGCACAACAGUGAGGAGGCUUUGAAUUUCGGGCAUGUCCAGUUCUUUGUGCAAAGCCCUUUACCAGCUUUUCUCUGCAAUAAUUUUCUAGCUGCCAAAACAAACUUGCUAGUAAAACCCAUUAAGAAACUUCUCUCUUAAGCAAGUCAUUUUUUUAAAUCUCAGUCUGUCUGCUACCCUUUUUGGAGGCUGGAUCAUUUACGGAAUAUCAAGAGUUUUAGGGAAAAGCAAAUGAAGAUGACAGUGGAAAAGAAGAUCAUUUCUCCUCCUUCAGCGACAUUUAAAAUGACAAGAGAGCUUUAAGAAACAAACCUGUAUCCUUUACAGAUGGAACAUGACUGGAAGUUUUAUCGUUAAAUCUGAGUCCUUGAAGCUCACUUAAGAAACUCAGUGUUUGUUCUACUAUUUGUUCAGCAGCACACAAUGCAUUUGCUGAUAAACUCGUUCCCAGAAUCCUGGUUCUUGGGCUCCCAGAACUGACGUUUCCAAAGCUAAAGGGAUUACACAGUAGUUUUUCUGGUCUAGGAAGCUUGGGCUGGAGCAAAACUUCUGUAAUUUUUCCUCGGUUACAAAAGGGAGCAGUAGUGCUUCAGUCUUAACGCCCCCCUCCCCGUCCCCAUGUUUGCAUCUCCAUAGAUGACUUGGCUUCGACUCUUGAAGGCAGGGCAAGGGACUAGCGCCUCAGCCAGGCCUUGUCUGCUGUAGAAUUGUUGGUUUUCUGCACAAAAGGCCAGGUUAGAGUUAACCUGGUUUGAGGUGAAUCCUGCCCUCUCCCAGGGGUUUUGUGUUGGGAGGGAAAGACAUGUUUUUGCAGGCGAGCUCCUGCCUACCACCAGGAUUACCGGGGAUGAGGAGGGCCUCUAAGCUCCACAGCCCCUCUCUCUGAAGGUAGGGUCUUCAGGAAGGCUCACGUCCCCAAACAUCACCAAGGGGAAUAUUCCCUCCUCUUCGGUCCAGGGAUGGGGGGAGGUUCCCCAUAACAGAAAGGGAGUCUUGACAGAUUCUCUUCCUCUUCCAGAGAAGUGAAAUAGUUUCCUAAAGCAAACUAAUAUUGUAGGGGGCAGACCCACCUUUUUCCCCAACCCUGAUUGCUUGACAACUUUCAGCUUGGGCGCCUACAGCAAACGUAGAGCCUUUGUAAAAAUCUCCCCCAUUUAGAAGCACAGGUGCAGAAUGCACUUCCUCCAAAAGCAGUGUUACCAGCUCUACGUGAUCCGAGCAGUCCACUCGGGGCAGUCAGUUACUGUUUACAUAUUAUGCAUCAAGUGAAAUGGAAAAAGCAGAGACUUUGCUGUUCCUUAUAUUUGUAUACAAUAAACAGUUUUGUUCGACUUCAUACAGGUCACCUCUGCUUGCCAUUGCGCCCUCUUCUUCAAGUAGCUUAGCAACAUAGGUAUAUUUUGAUGAGAAAUGCCAUGAAAAUUAUGAUUGCUGGUGCUUUUCAUAAAGCCCUCUGGACUCCAGUUCCACCUCCCAAGGGGGGCUGUAACGUAUUUUUAAUAUUUUGCCACCUCUCAGCAUGCUUGGAGUUGCCUACCAAGGGAGGUCAGUGUUUGGAUCACCUAGCAAAAGCAUUGGGGGAAAAAAUGGAGUGUCAUUCACAUUCUCUUGCACAUGCUGUGCAAGAGGAGGGAAGUCCUGCAGCCCAGACUCUGCUUUCCUAGUGCUCUGGGGAGAUGAUAAUCACCUCACUUGACUCCUCAGGACUUUUCACAGGUCAUUUCUGAUUCAGUCUUUGCAGUCAAGGAUACUUUAUACUUGAUCUUUGGCCAAGAUAUUGAGAUUUGAAGCUGUGAUAGUCUGCUGCUGUUGUGGAUUGCCUAUCAUCUGAAGGCACUUUUCUUCCAGGGAACAAGAAAGGUCCAUGAGCUGGUGAUCUGAUCCACAGUUGGAAUGCACAAGAUCAGCUGAUAGAUGAGGACAGCUGGUUGAGAUGGAGUCCCUUGCAAGAUGGACUUCAUUCUGGGGGGCAGAGAAGAAUUUUGAAGAGUUUUGAGUCCUGAUGCAGGCUCCUGGGGUGUUGGUUGUUUGGUUCAGCCUGUAGAAAUACUGUUGGAGUCUCCACUAAUGUUAAGAUCGUAUACCAGCACACAGAGGUGUUAAUCUGCAUUAGUCUGACAUCAGGCAGGAGACAGGGUGAGGUCACGCUUUAGAAGCUAGCUGCUUCAGAGAAGCAGGAGCUUUUGUAGGCACCAACCUAUUUUGUCAGCUGCUAUGAAUAGACUGGGUGGGACUAGAAGGAGGUCCCUUCCAGCCCUACUUCACUAUGCUUUCUAUGAUAUAGAUGGGAAAAGGACAGGGGAAGGAGAUGCUGUUGAGAGGUAGUAAGUGGGUUUAUUAGCUCAGUGAAGAUGAACAAGGUAGUUAACACCUGGAGGAACACCAGAGUUCGUACGCUAUGGAUGCAUCACUUGCAUAUCAGGCCAUGCUUUGUGUCAUAUCCAGUUGGCUAGAAACUUCCCUGUUCUGGUAGACAUGGACCUGACCUUGGUGACUUACACCAGGGCAUCAAACAUAUGGUUUGUGGGCUGGAUCCAGCCAUCAGAGCCACUGGGCCACUGGAAGUUGUGGGGCGUGGCAAGGGGGCAUUGGCUGCUGCAGACAGUGUAUACGUAGGUGGGUGAGCAAGGACUCAACCCAAUCCUGGUCAUCCUCUGGCCACUUUGUCACCACCAAGGUGGUUCCAGGUCCUCAGUUUCCAGCCCUGCUGCUGCCUACCUGUCCCAUGCUGAAGCUAGAGCUGUCACUACCAUGUUCUCUGUGCUGGAGCCAGGCUGCCACCCUGGUGUAUGGCACACGCUAGGAGCUGGAGCCACUACUACCACACUGGGGAGGAGCUGGAGCUGCUGCUGCCUGGGCCACCUCAUGCCCUGGGCUGGAUCUGGGCUGCAGGGAGCCCUGCAGUCAGAAGAUGAGUUUGACACCCCUGAUUUUCCCUUUGGCUGGACUGCAGCACUACCGCCUAAAAAUUUGCCUCAAGCUUGAAGAUGAAUCCUUGAUGAAGACUGUCACUGGGGACUUGGCAGACCCGCCUCUUGGGGUGGUCCAUGAGCCCCCAUAGGAGCAAAGGACCAUUCCAGACUUCACCACCUUCUGCUCCAAGUGCUACAUGCCUUGAUGUCUCCUAUAAAAGCACAACCGGUGAUGGCGUGCGAGGCACGGCCUAUGUUCUCCUUGUAGGGAAGGGGCGAGAUAACCAAUAACACAUGACGGGGAUCACCUUAUUUACUGCACUACUGGAAACUGCUUGGAAACUGAUUACAAAUAAGGUAGAAGAACCUGAACAAAUACAAAAACAACUUGGCUGCUGUCUUCUAGUCUCAUUUAUAUACAUGACUCCCGUUAAGCAACAAAAAUGCGUGUUUGAAGGCAUGUUCAUUGGACAAUGGGUUAAUUAAGGAAUAUUUAAAUCUAUAAUGUAGCUUAAGAUACUGUCUUUGCUUCAGCAUUGCUUUAGAAAAAGGAAGAAGGGACAGUCUUAGAAAAAGAGACACCAAACACAUAUCUUUAUUUCAGUCAGUCAGUAAAUCACUGCCUCUGCUAAGACUGGCCAACAGAAAGGGAGCUCACGCAUUUGAUAAGAUGCUGCAGUGCUUUUGCUCUCCGUUCAGCAAUAUUUCUGAAGGCUUAAGACACAUCCCAUUGUUUUUGUUCUCAAAACCCUACUCGUGUACAUUACUGCCAGACAAAAAGAUCAUUUGAAAUUCUGUAUUACAGCAUGUUUCAGUGCGCUCGCUGCUCCUGACUCAUGUUUUACAGGAAGAGUGCAGACAAGGUAAGCCAAACGGCCUUCUCUAAGUUUUUGGUUGAUUCCUUUUUAAAACACAACCUUUAACCUACUUGAAUUAAGAACAGUAGCAGCUGUCUCAGCUUUGUAAGUUAACAGAAGCACACUGGACAGAGACUUCUAUUUGUAUUUUCACUCUUCUCAGCUUUUUACUUUUAAGUGAAGCCAUCUGCUUCUGGUCUGCUCUUUAAAAUGACUGCAGCCUUGUGCCAUGGCCAGUAGGUAGAGCUGCAUUAGUUAAGCAUAUUUAUUGGCAGAAUCUGUUACUCUGAGCACUUGUGAAAUCGUUGAUGGUAGCAUUAAAGUUUACCACCCACAUGUAAAGGAAGCUGCUAGCCCAGGCAGUUUGUUUUGACAGAGUGGCUUGUUCCAUUGUCCAGAGAUGGAUACAAUCGUGGAGCUCUAUGAACUUCUCAUUUUUCACUAAGCCAAAAUUCUUGUUAUAGGGAAUACAGCAUAAUUUGGGGGAAGAUUUAUUUUCACAUUCUGGAGUGUUCUACCUAAUUAUACUGAAGUUAACCGUUACUACCUAAUUCCAGUUAAUAGAAUCAUGCCAAAAAAAUGAGUCGUGCCUUAAAGUUGACUUUUUCUUCUGUCAUAAGAUACGCUUUUUAUUAGAGAGAAACAGGGUAGAAGUAAA